GCACAAAACAGCCGUGAACUCCGUCUCCUUCAUCGAUCCCCCAUCUCCUCUCGAUCGGUGCCCCUCCUCGUAGCUCCAGCGAAAAUCUCCCUCCCUUCUGGGAUUUACUUUGCACCGUCAAUUUACGAACUUGAAAAUGAUUUUGCGUUACAAAUGUUAGAUAGGGUUGCUGGCACGCUCCUAUUCAUAAUCACAGCAGUGUACGUGUUAGAAACUGGAAUGGCAUUGUCCAAUGUUAAAUAGGGUUUCUGUCUGUGCUAGGGUUUUUGUUUAGAUGGCGUUUAGAGGAAGGGGACGUGGGCGAGGUGGUUUUGGUUUUGGUGUUGGUCGGUUUGCUAAAGAAGAGAAGUACGAACUGUUUCCUGAAAUCAAAGAACUCCCUGAUGUCAACCUUAAACAAAAAGAAGAAGAAUUCAGGACUCUAGUAUCAUGUGGUAACGAUUUGCAAAAGUUUUGGAUAUCAUCACCUUAUCACUUGGAGGAAGUCAGUCAGGAUGCUGAAAGAAGUGGAGGUAUUAUAAGAAGGCCCCCACUUUCAGACUAUAUGAAGAUGACUGAUGACUAUGUUCCUGCAGAACUAGUUGCGAGAAAUGUGAGGCAGAGCAAGAAGGUCCGAUGGGAUCCACAGUCAGACCUACAAAGAUUGGAUCUGUUUGAGAAGCUGGACCGGGGGCCUCAGGGUCCAGAUGAUGGUGAUAAGGAGAAAAAAGAAGAUGAAGAUGAGGAUGAAGACAAUGAAAAUGUUGAAGAUGAAGAAGAGGACAGCGGUGACGACUAUGAACAGAACAUUGAUUUUGAUGAUGAUGAAGAUGAUUUCAACAUGCCGGAUGAUGUCGGUGGUGAUGAGGGUUUUUACUAGCUCAUCAGACUCUUAUUCAAUACGUGCCCACUUAUAUGUUGAUCUGCUGCGGUUUAGUUAAUGUAGUAAAUUUUUUUUGCAAAGGUAAAGCUAUUUACUAUGUACUAUUUACAUCAAAUUUUGCACUAUUUUGAUGCAAGAAAUGGUAGAGAUGGUCUAAGGUUGAUGUGACAA